CCGAGAGGUGUGUCUGUAUCACUUUUACCAUUUCUUCCAGGAAGUAAAGUUUUUGCCGAGAAGCAAAGUGUUGUCAGGUGUAACAGCAGAGCCAGCACUCUGAGAGAAAAACUCUUCUGAUGGUCGUGAACUUUCCCCGCUGGUCGCCAUGUCGGAUUCUUUGGACCGGUCCACGAAGAUCAACCUGCUGAGGGAGCCGGUGGUGAAGAAGCUCUGCGACGUGUUGGACAAAUCCAGCAGCAAAGGAUGGCGAAAACUGGGAGAGAUAGUCGGCGGUGACAGACGGGUCAAAGUCAGCUCGGACGACAUGGAGCUGUGCUCUCUGAAGGUGUUGGAGCUGGAGGGAAGCCCGAGCCGCAUGCUGCUGAGGCUGAUGGGAGAUCGAGGCUGCACCACGGGUCACCUGGUCGACUCCCUCCAGACUCUGGGGAACUCAGAGGCCCUGCAGUGCCUCAAACCAUCAGCCCUGCAGAUCCUCAUUCAGCCGCAGUCUGUGGCUCUUAUAUCUGGUCACAAUCUUCGUCUGAACUGCCACGCUGUUGGCAAAUCUCCAGUCCAGUACCAGUGGUUCAAGUCCAAAGAAGAGGUGCCAAACAGCUUCUCUACAGAGCUGGUGAUCAGUCCGGUCCGCCUGAAGGACGCUGGCUUUUACAUCUGCAGGGUCAACUGUGGAGACACUUUUGAAUUCAGUCAGUGGGCUCAAGUGGACGUCCUGAAUGUCACCAUGUCUUGUGGGCAAAGUUAUCAUUCUCUAGAUGGUCGGCUGAAGUUGGUGAUCCAGCCUCAGCCUCAGCGGAUAAACAUCGGGGAAACCCUGCAGCUGGAGUGUGGAGCUGUGGGACGGCCCAUCCCUCGAUACCAGUGGCACAAAAACGGAGUCCCAGUGCCCAACGCCACAAAGAGGAAACUCAUGAUUCCUGAUGCGAUGCAGGAUCACCACGGCAGGUAUCGAUGUGAGAUCAGCAGCAGCACGGAGAGAAUGUGGACCAAUGAAGUGGACGUUCUCAUCGCACCAAGGAUAUCUGUCCAGGUGUCAGUGGCAAUGGAGUGCUCUGAAGAUGAUGUUUACGCCAUCGGAGGAGUUUUAGGUUCAAGUGAUUUGUUCCUUAACAGUAAUCCAGAAGAACUUCAUGCGACUGACAAAGUGGCGCUGCUGAUCGGAAAUCUGUCUUACCAGAACCACCCGCAGCUCAAAGCUCCCAUGGUGGACGUGUACGACCUCACCAACCUGCUGCGGCAGCUCAACUUCCAGGUGGUUUCGCUGCUCGACCUCACGGAGUCCGAGAUGAGAAACGCCGUCGACGAGUUCCUGCUGCUGCUCCACAAGGGAGUCUACGGCCUGCUGUACUACGCUGGUCACGGAUAUGAGAACUACGGCAACAGUUUCAUGGUGCCGGUAGACGCACCAAACCCGUACCGGUCAGCCAACUGUUUAUGUGUGCAGAGCAUCCUGAAACUGAUGCAGGAGAAGGAGACGGGCCUCAAUGUUUUCCUGCUGGACAUGUGCAGGAAGAGGAAUAUUCACGAUGACAGCGCUCCAAACAUUGUCCUGAGGGUUACCGCCAACAUCGUCUUUGGAUAUGCUACGUGCCAGGAUGCCGAGGCCUUCGAGCUGAGCUCCAGCGGCUUCACCAACGGAGUGUUUGUCAAGUUUUUGAAAAAGCGACUGCUGGACGAUGAGAAGAUCACCGUGGUGCUGGACAGAGUCGCCGAGGACAUGGGUCAGUUUGACGCCACGAAGGGGAAGCAGGCUCUGGAGAUCCGCAGCAGUCUGUCAGAGAGGAGAGCGCUGACCGAUCCCAUCCGGCCCGGCGACAGCGCUGAUGUCACUCAGGCUCGCAGCCUCCAGUGGGCGAAGGCUCACGAGCUUCCUGAGAGUAUGUGUCUGAACUUUGACUGUGGGGCUCAGAUCAAGUUGGGCUUCGCUGCAGAGUUCUCCAACGUGCUCAUCAUCUACACUCACAUCAUUAAGAAGCCUGAGGACAUGUCCUUCUGCCAGGCUCACGUCACAGACUUCUCACAGGACCUCGAUGUGGAUCCUAAAGAGAUGAACAGAGAGACUCCAGAGGAGACGGGGAUCUACCUUCUGUCCAGCAACCUGCCGCAGCACUGUCUCUACACCAGAGUCAGCUCACUGCAGAAACUCAGGGAGGAGCUGGUCUUCACCGUGUGCCUGCAGGGCUCCUUCACCGCCAUGGACGACGAAUCCGUCCACUGGACCAAAAGCAUCAACAUCGGCAAGCCGCUGAUCGCCCGGCUGGACCUGCACCGGGCCAUGCGGCGGAACAGCUGCCUGCAGACGUGCAUGAUGCCCCACAGCCCGUCACACAGCCCGUGCCACAGCCCCGGGCCCGAACGCCACCUGCACCUCCACCUGCACCACGGGACGCACCAGGCCCAGGACUACAGCCGCCUGUCACCGCAGCAGCACUACCUGGACGUCUACGAGCAUCCUCAGGGCGCCGUGGGAGGCUGUGGGGACUCCUACUACGAGAACCUCAGCCUGUCUCGCUACGAACCCGCGUACGACUCAGCCGCCGGGCUUUCCACCUCGCCGGGCCGGCUCAGCAUCCCCAUAGAAACCACUGAUGACAUCAACGAGCUGCAGACUGUGUUCAUCAACAGCCUGCAGCUUCAGCAGCAGUGAAGAGAAGCUUUAACCCUUUAUCAGGCAAAUAACU